GCACCCACCAUUUUCUACAUGAACACAACCAAAUCUUUACACUGUCUCUCUCUUUACUUCUGCAAACCAUUAUCCUGGUGAGAAGCAGGGCUUGGCGAUUGGUGACGCUGCAAUGUAACGUCUAGAGCUUCAAUUUGAUGAUUGGUGAGGCUGCAACUUAAUGCAUAGAGUUUCAAUUCAAUUUCGGUGAGGCUGUAACAUGACGUCUAGAGCUUCAAUUCAAUUUGAUGAUCGUUCAAUUUGAUGAUCGGUUUUGGGGGUAUUUUGGGCGAGUUCGAGUGCGAUGACUGUGAGCAGCCGGGGUCGGGCCCCAACUAUCACUGUGAGCGUUGUGAGUUUGACCUGCACAUCCACUGCACAGCCAGUGCGGCUGCGGCGACCCAACUCGAUGAUGUGAGUACGAUGAUAAAUGUCGUGUGUCCGGCGAACCAUGAGAUGGUCUGGCUCCCCUCUUCACCAUACCCCAACGACAUGUUCAGGUGCGAUGGCUGCGGCCAGCCAGGGUCGGGCCCCCUCUACCACUGUGGGGAUUGCAACUUUGACCUGCACAUGCACUGCACAGCCAGUGCAGCGGCGACCGAACAGGGGGUUGUGGGUGGUGCUGCGGAGGAGAGCCAAAUCAAGGAUGUGCUGGGAGGCCCCGCUGCUGAGGGGGUUGUGGGCGGCGCUGUGGAGGUGACCCAAAUCAAGGAUGUGCCUGCCGAGUGGGUUGUGGGGGGCACCGCGGAGACGACCCAAAUCGAGGAUGUGCCUGCCGAGGGGGUUGUGGGCGGUGCUGCGGAGGCGACCCAGAUCAAGGAUGUGCAGGGAGUCCCCUUGGCCGAGGAGGUUGUGGGUGGCGCUGCUAACGAAUCGGACAGAUUAAUUAAGAAUGAUGCUGUUCGAGAUGGGACGAAGGGUUGUUGUGUACCUUUGUUUUGUACUCUGCAUAGUCUCUUGGAGAUGAGAGCGAAGGAGAGUAUCAUCAGGUGUCCGGGGCACCAUGAGAUGGUCAGCCUCUCCUCUCCACCAUACCCCAAUGGCGAGUUCAGGUGCGAUGAUUGCGGUCAGGUGGGGUCGGGCGCCGUCUACCACUGUGGGCAUUGCAACUUUGACCUGCACCUGCACUGCACGGAGAAGGUGAGUCGUUUGCCUGUAAUCGUCACGUGUCCGGCACACCAUGAGAUGGACUGGCUCCCCUCUUCACCAUACCCCAGUGGCGAGGUCCGGUGCGAUCGCUGCAGUCGGUCGGUGUUGGGCUCCCUCUACCACUGUGGGCGUUGCCACUUCGACCUGCACUUUUACUGCACAGCCAGUGCGGUGUCCCAACUCGAUGGUGUGCUGGGAGCCCCUGCUGCCGAGGGGUUUGUGGGCGGUGCUGCAGAGGCGAGCCAAAUCAAGGAUGUGCCGGGAGGCCCCGCUACUGGCGGGGUUGUGGAUUGCGCUGCGGAGGCGACCCCAAUCAAGGAUGUGCCGGCCGAGGGGGCUGUGAGGGGCGCUGCGGAGGCGACCCAAAUCAAGGAUGUGCCGGGAGUCCCCUUGGCCGUGGGGCUUGACGAUGGUGCUGUUAACGAAUCCGGCAAAUUAAUAGGGAAUGAUGCCGUUCGAGAUGAGAAGAAGGGUUGUUGGGCAUCGUGCCUCUCAUUCUUCCUCACUUGGUUUAAACGUUGAUGGCCGCCAUGCUUGCAGUGCUCCCUCUCUCCCUGUUGUGUUGUGACGUUGGGUGUUUUGUACCCUGCGCAUGGAUUCUUUACCGGCCCUGUGUUGAGUCUUUCUUUUCGUGCUAAUUGUUAGAAUGGUAUUUCUCUAUAUUUGAGUCUGAAACCUUGAAAGAUUAUUUCACAGUA